CGUUAGUAGGGCUACAACAAGCUAGUUUAGGAAGCUAGCUAGCUUAACUAAUAACAAACCACAUUCUUUCUUCAGACUGACAUGGUCCAUUCCAUGUAUUGCUGUAGAGACACAUGGAGGGCCUGACUUCUCUCUAACACAAGCUUUAGAAGAUGUCUCUCAACAAGGAUAUGCCCAGAUUGUGGCCCUCCGGGAGGAACAACAAGUGCUCAGCUCUCUCCAGUUGAAUCUCUCCUUACCUGCUAACACACUGACCAGUAACAUUUUAAAACUCCAGGAACACUGCCAUAUUAUCAGACAUUGAGAAGAAAGGCAAAGAAGCUGAAGUGGAGUUCAAAUCCAACGUGAGGCAGAUUCUCAUCCUGGAGGGUGAGAUGGAACACCUGCAGUGACACAUGCAAGACCUGGGCUUGCGUUCCGUCACCGUCUACAACGAAAACACAGAGCUCCGACUGCUGAUCGAGGAAGAGGAGGACAACUUUAGCCGCGUGCUGGCCGGUUACAACACCUACCGGAACAAGAUGGAGGGCCACCGGACAGCCGUCUUGCAAGCGGAGAGCCAGACGAGGGCUCACAGGGAGCUAGUGGAGAAGAGGGCUCUGGUCAGAGUGCUCACAGAGAGGAGAGAGGAGCUGAGGGCCGACCUGGAGAACCCAGAGGGGAACGCUGUGAAGCAGGCACAGAAAGAGAUGGAUGACAUGAGGUGGCAGAUCUCAGCCCGGAGGAAGAUGGUGACUGAGAGAAGAGAGCUCAUCCUGAAGGAGUUUGAGAGUCACACACUGAUCAAGAAGCAUAUCGAGAUCCAGAACAGACGGUACGAUGCCAUCGUGAAGCGUCUCCACUGCCAACUGAUGAAGGCCCAGUCCGGCCACAGGCAGUUGUCUGAUGAUAUCUACCACAUUGAGAGAGAGAUCCAGGACCUCAAGAGACACCUCGAGGUACCAUAAGUUAGCAUUCUGGUUCAUAAAACUCUACGUUUUGUAGUAUGACCUAAGGCUAGGAGUUUUCCCAAGCCAAGACAUACUUCAGGCCCUUAGUGUAGGUC